CAGCUGAGCAAAGAGAAAGGAAGCAGAUGCGUUGGAAGGGGUUUUGGGAAAAACAAACAACAACAACAACAACAACAACAACAAAAAAACAGAAAAACUGGCUGCUAAAGUUAUUUCAAGGACAAUCCCAGCAAUGUGGAGAAGCCUGGGGCUUGCCCUGGCUCUCUGUCUCCUCCCUUGGGGAGGUACAGAGAGCCAGGUGCAAAGCUCCUUUUGUAAGCAACCCCCAGCCUGGAAAAUAAGGGAAGAAGACCCAAUGCUAAACUCAAUUGGUUCAGUGACCGUGGUUGCUCUUCUUCAAGCCAGCUGAUACCUGUGCAUUCUGCAGGCAUCUAGAUUGGAAGACCUGCGAGUAAAACUGGAAAAAGAAGGCUAUUCUAAUGUCUCCUAUGUCAUUGUUAAUCAUCAAGACCUCAAUUCUCGAUUAAAAUAUAUACAUCUUAAAAAUAAGGUUUCAGAGCAUAUUCCUGUUUAUCAACAAGAAGAAAAUCAAACGGAUGUCUGGACUCUCUUAAAUGGAAACAAAGAUGACUUCCUCAUAUAUGAUAGAUGUGGCCGUCUUGUAUAUCAUCUUGGUCUGCCUUACUCCUUUCUAACUUUUCCAUAUGUAGAAGCUGCCAUUAAAAUUGUUUACUGUGAAGAGAAAUGUGGAAACUGCUCUCUCAUGACUCCUGAAGAUGAAGACUUCUGUAAAAAAGUAUCUUCGGUUAAUGUGGAAGACACAGCUGAGGCCUCUAAGCCACAUCACCAUCAUAGUCAUCAUCACAGCCAUGGGCACCAGCAUCUUGGGAACCAUCAGCAUUCAGAGAAUCAGCAACCUGGUGACCCAGAGGCUCCUCAGCAUUCCCCUCCUCCAGGCCUUCAUCACCACCAUAAGCACAAGGGCCCUCAAAGACAGGGUCACCCAGAGAGCUGAGAUAUGCCAGGAAGUGAAGGUUUACAACCUUCCCUUCCACAAAAGAAACUCUGACGAAAGGGAUGCAUAAAUCAAUUACUCUGACAGUUGCCCAAAGAUUCAGAAUUAGCUCCUAGUAGCUGAUGCUGCCAUUGUCGACAUCUGAUAUUUGAAAAAACAGGGCCCGCAAUCACCUGACAGUGUAGAGAAAACCUCCCAUCUUUAUGUAGCUGACAGGGACUUCUGGCAGAGGAGAACGUCAUUGAAUCUUGUCAGUGACGUCUGCCUCCAGCUGCCUGACAGGCAAGUCAGCAGCUUAAGCCCACAGGUGCUAGCACCAACUGAAGCUGAAAAAAUAAGGCAGAAAUGUGAAAAUGACCUUCAAACUAAAUAUUUCAAAUAGGGUAUACUCCCCACAUCAAUCUGGACACAACUUUAUUUCUAGCAUUUUUAUAAGCUACCUAGUAAAUGGUGAUCAAAAAUAGAAGUUGGAUUUGUGCAAACAUGGAGAAAUCUACAAUAUUGGCUUUCAAAUUUUAAAAUUUAUGUCACAGAAAUUUUGACCCAGGCCAUAUUUGGUUAUUACAAGGCAAUUGAAAGGUGAUUGCAGCAUUUGGUCAAUAUGUCUUUCUUCUUCUUUUUCCAGCAUUCUCUUUGCAUUAAUGAGAACAGAAACAUAAACUAUGACCUAGGGGUUUCUGUUGGAUAGUUAGCAAUUUAGAAUGGAGGAAGAACAACAAAGAUAUAUUUUCCACUUUUUCUUUACUUAUCUCUCAGGACAAUAUUAUCUUUGUCUUUUUAAUUUUAUAUUUUAAACUGAUUAAAACUUUAAAGGAAGAAGGAUUCUAUAUUUUAAGAUUCAGAAAUACUUAACACAUUAACAAUUUGCUAAAAAAGCAUAUACAACUACUUUUAAAAUAACCAUUUAUCCUUUUUUUCUAAGUCUCACAUCUUGAUUUUUAAUAUCAUUCAUGAAGCCUUUGUAUCUUGCUUUACUAGCGCUAUAUCACACUCUUAUAAAAUUUGAGAGUGCAUGUUUUGAAAGCUAUAACGGGAAAGAUAAAAGAAUGUUGUGUAUCUCUAGGCUGCUUAGAAGUAUUUCCAUCAUCAAUGAUGGUUCAAUAGGUAAACCAAAUCCUAUAAACCUGAACUCCUUAUGGUUAAUACUGUUAAGCAAGAGUGUAGUACACAAUUGUCCUAGGUGGUGUGGAUUUGUUUAAAUAAAUACAAUUAAAAAAGUUU